AAGAUUGCAAAUGAGAUUUCCGGACUUCCUGUCUAAUGUAUAGUAGGGAAUGGCAUCGUUCACUUCUUCUGAUAAUGGGCAGUCCAUCCGGAUUAUUAUUCAGCAAUGUUUAAAUGCUAGUCUACAGUUACAAUCAUUGAUGGACGAACGAGAGGAAAAACGAUAUGUGCGGAUCAACCGUGGUAUUGUUGUACUAUUAUGUUUCCUGAAAGGUGCUUCUUUGGACAUGAUACCUAAAGCAGUAAAAGCAGUGCUAAACAUCAAGCUUAGUGAGUUGCCUGACGGGAGUAAAGUAUCAGUAUUGGACCUACCUGGUGAUGUCCUUAUUGUUCCUCAGGCAACACUGGGAGGAAAGAUGAAAGGGAAAAGCAUGCAGUACCAUUCCAACAUUGCCAAACAUGAGGCUCUGCCUCUUUAUGAAGAGUUCACCAAACUAUGCCAGGAGAUGGUUCUUUCUGAUUCAAAGAUCACAUCAGGACAUACAACCAGUCCACAAGUAAAAUGGGGAACAUACGGUAGUCGCCAAGUGCUGUCCGUAAAUACCAAUGGCCCUUACACGCAUGUCAUGGAUUUCUAAAUAGAAGGGUUUACACAGAAUUAAGAAAGACUUUUAAGAAACGUACGUUAAAUCCCGUACUCCGUGGUUGACAAAGAGAGCAGUGGUCCUAAUAUGUAUGUCAUGGAGUAAAAGAGGAGACUGGUAAGAACGCCUACAGACCUUCAAAUGAUCCGUCGUAAAAUUGCACAUGCGUAAAAACGAUAAAUUUUAACACCUUACUGGGAUGGAACUUUAUUGGGAGUGUCACAAUUCUUUGACUAAAGAAAAKGAACAAGAAAAGGUCAUCGACAUGUGUUUCUUGUAAUCGAUAUGUUACUAAAACAAACAAUCGUUUUAGAACAACAGUAUCGUGUUUGUAAAACGUACAGGUUCAACUGUAAAGGUCAAAUCAAAAGAGAUUCGUAAAAACAAUAAGUGUGUAUCAAAAAGUUUUGGAGGAAUUGUAAAUGAAAUAUUUAGUAAUAUUUAGCAAUAUUACAUAAUAAACUCUUGUAAAUGUUUUCUAUUUAAAA